UACAAUAUAAAAAAAUGAUCUGAAGUAUACAUUUUCACAGAUACAUUUUUUUAUAUAGUUUUGGACAAAAUGAAUUCUUACAAUUUAACACAGAGUAAUAUAGAGGGGCCAUUACCGAUACGCGUAUUUAUAGCAAUAUGAAGCAAUGUAUAUGGCUAUCAGCCAUGCAUUUGGCUAUCAUGUACAACAAUAAUGGAAAUAGGGGAAUCCCCAACAACUUUUAUUUUAUCUUAAUAAUUUUAUAUUUUAUCGUCGAUUAACCGAUAAACGAUUUCCUCAAAUUUGGCAUUUACAGUUUACGCUCAGCAGUGCGAACACUGAACUCCAUACGACGAAAUACGAAUUGACCAUGUGUUUUCAAUACUUAUUUAGGCGUCCAUAUUCAAUUACGGACUUAAAAUCGCCCAAUACAAAUCAAGAUCAUAACAUCUUCAAUAUCAGUAUUCUGAAAAGGGAUCUCGGAACUAAACGUAAAUUUUUAAAGAUGACUGUAAUGAGUUUAAACCAAGAUAAAAUAAGCUUUAUGAAGGAAAAAAGAAAAAACUCUUCUAAAUCAAAAUCGAUAGACCUUAUGUAUUCCAGUAUCAGAGCUUGCGGUAUAAGGGAUACAUUUUUUUAUAUUGUGCUCGAUGACAAUAAAAGUUUUCAUUGUGGUUUUUUGUGGGUCAAGUCAACAAACAUACAUGAAAUAUAUGGCAAAGUCGGUUCCAAAAUAGGAGAUUGCAGUUGCAAAAGAAAACUAAUACCAUCUGAAAACAAUGAUAUUGAUAGAUAUAAGGUGCUGCCUCCUCCUCGUCCUUCAAAAAAGCAAGAAGACAGAUAUGACAUACAUUUAUGCAAAAGAUUCCAAAAUAAACACAAGACUGAAUAUAUAAGUAAGAUCACCAAGUCUUAUAGACUACCCAGACAUAUGGAUAGAAUUGAACAAAUAUUAUCAUCAGAAUCUUCCUAUCGGGAUAUUCAGAGAUGCUUUCGAAACGUGGCGGAUACUAUUACUUCUAGAGGAGUGCUAGCGAAAUAUACAUCGCCCCAACUCGACAUGAUGACAGAGGACUUGGCUAAAAUGUUCAAUCAUUACGACUUUAGAACAUCUAUAAUGGCGGACAACAAAAUGAAUCAUAUUAACAUUAACUCGUCAUCAAAUUUUAAUUUAAACCCAGAUGUUAAUAGUAAUUUAGAUACAAAAUACGAGAGAAAUGAGAAUGAUGGUUAG